ACUUCCGGGACGAUGGUUGCAUCAGAUUCUGGGAAGCUGUCGCCGUGGUCGCCGGUGCGGGAUUCCAACGAUGGCAGGUUCCUCCGCGGAGCAGGCUCCCGACUACAGGUCCAUCCUGAGCAUUAGUGACGAGGCAGCCAGGGUGCGGGCCCUGAACGAGCAUCUCAGCACGCGUAGCUAUGUCCGGGGGUACUGCCUGUCCCAGGCGGACCUGGACGCAUUCAGGCAGCUCUCGGCCCCUCCCGCCGACGCACAGCUCUUCCACGUGGCUCGGUGGUUCAGGCACAUACAGGCGAUCCUGGGCCCCCACGCCACAGGCCAGCCCUGUGGGCUUCAAGCAAGUAAAGGCCGGCGGGCACAGCCCCAGUGGUCCCCUCCAGCCAGGUCCGAGCCAUGCCAGCUCCGCCUGUACAACAGCCUCACCCGGAGGAAGGACGUGUUUGUUCCUCAAGAUGGGAAAAGGGUGACGUGGUACUGCUGCGGGCCGACCGUCUACGACGCGUCUCACAUGGGGCACGCCAGGUCCUACAUCUCCUUUGAUAUCUUGAGAAGAGUGCUGAGGGACUACUUCAAGUUUGACGUCUUUUACUGCAUGAACAUCACAGACGUCGAUGACAAGAUCAUCAAGAGGGCCCGGCAGAACCACCUGUUUGAGCGGUACCGGCAGAAGCCGCCCCAGGCGGCACAGCUCCUGGAGGACGUGCGCGCUGCCCUGAAGCCCUUCUCUGUAAAACUGAACGAGACCACGGACCCCGACAAGAAGCAGAUGCUGGAGCGCCUGGAGCGCGCGGUGGCACUAGCCGCUGCGCCGCUGGAGGAGGCCGUGGGGCGCAGCCUGGCUGGGGAGGAGCUGGACGGCCCCGCGCAGGUGUUGUUGGAAGAAGCAAAGGAUCUUCUUUCCGACUGGCUAGAUUCCACGCAUGGCAGUGAAGUGACUGACAAUUCCAUCUUCUCCAAGCUGCCCAAGUUCUGGGAGGAGGAAUUCCACAGAGACAUGGAAGCCCUGAAUGUCCUCCCUCCCGACGUCCUGACCCGGGUCAGUGAGUAUGUGCCGGAGAUCGUGGACUUCGUCCAGAAGAUCGUGGACAAUGGUUACGGCUAUGUUUCAAACGGCUCCGUGUACUUUGACACAGUCAAGUUUGCCUCCAGUGAGGGGCACUGCUACGGGAAGCUGGUGCCCGAGGCCGUCGGGGAUCAGAAGGCCCUGCAGGAGGGGGAAGGCGACCUGAGCGUCUCGGCAGAGCGCCUGAGUGAGAAGCGGUCCCCCAGCGACUUCGCCCUCUGGAAGGCCUCCAAACCUGGGGAGCCGUCCUGGCCGUGCCCCUGGGGAAAGGGCCGUCCAGGAUGGCACAUUGAGUGCUCUGCCAUGGCGGGCACCCUCCUGGGGGCCUCAAUGGACAUUCACGGAGGGGGCUUCGACCUCCGCUUCCCCCACCACGACAACGAGCUGGCACAGUCGGAGGCCUACUUUGAGAAUGACUGCUGGGUCAGGUACUUCCUUCACACGGGCCACCUGACCAUCGCGGGCUGCAAGAUGUCCAAGUCGCUGAAAAACUUCAUCACCAUUAAAGACGCCUUGAAGAAGCACUCAGCGCGGCAGCUGCGCCUGGCCUUCCUCAUGCACGCCUGGAAGGACACGCUGGACUACUCGGCCAACACCAUGGAGUCGGCGCUGCAGUACGAGAGGUUCCUGAACGAGUUCUUCUUGAACGUGAAGGACCUCCUCCGCGCUCCCGUGGACGUAGCCGGUCAGUUUGAGAAGUGGGAGGACGCAGAGACGGAGCUGAACGAGAGCUUCUACGACAGGAAGUGUGCGGUUCACCAGGCACUCUGUGACAACGUGGACACGCGCACCGCCCUGGAAGAAAUGCGGGCUCUGGUCAGCCAAUGCAACCUCUACAUGGCGGCCCACAAGGCCGCCAGGAGGAGGCCCAACCGAGGUCUGCUGGAGAGCGUGGCCCGCUACCUCACCCACAUGCUGAAGAUUUUUGGGGCCAUAGAAGAGGAAAGCUCCCUGGGUUUCCCCGUCGGAGGACCUGGAACGAGCCUCAACCUCGAGUCCACGGUCAUGCCAUACCUCCAGGUGCUGUCGGAGUUCCGGGAAGGGGUGCGGAGGAUUGCCCGAGAGCACAAAGUCCCCGAGGUCCUGCAGCUCAGUGAUGCCCUGCGGGACGACAUCCUGCCUGAGCUCGGAGUGCGGUUUGAAGACCACGAAGGACUGCCCACCGUGGUCAAGUUGGUGGACAGAGACGCCUUACUGCGAGAGAGAGAAGAGAAGAGAAGGGCUGAAGAAGAAAAAAGGAGGAAGAAGGAGGAUGCCGCCAGGAAAAGACAGGAGCAGGAAGCGGCAAAGCUGGCCAAGAUGAAGAUUCCACCCAGCGAGAUGUUCUUGUCAGAAACUGACAAAUACUCCAAAUUUGAUGAAAACGGGCUGCCCACCCACGACGCAGAAGGCAAGGAGCUGAGCAAGGGACAGGCCAAGAAGCUGAAGAAGCUCUUCGAGGUACAGGAGAAGCUGCACAAGGAGUAUCUGCAGUCAGUUCAGAAUGGAAGCUCCCAGUGACACCGGGGGCUGGUGGCAGACUGACCGUCAAUGCACGACAGCUUCCUCUGCCCGCCGGUGGCUGCCCCGGCUCUGGGGGGCAGUGGUCCUCAGGCCCUAAGUUAAGAAUUCUGUCCAGAGAGACCUGAGCCACGCCCGGCCCUGAGACCUCACUAAUAAAUUCUACCAAACGCGA